GACAAGGUGAUUAGUUGGGUUAGCCGAACCAGCAAAUUCAAUAAUUUUCAUGUCUGUCUUACUUCCUCUGAUAAAUUGUUGCCAGCGAAUAAAUUGUUGGGAAACUAACCUGUUUAAUCUUCAAAUAAUAUUUGAGCGCCGAAUUUUUUGGAUUUUACAGACCCUUUUUCUUUAUUUUUGGGACUAACUAAUAAGUAAUAAUAAUAAUCUAUAUUGAAGAAAAUAAAGAAAUGAAGAUUUAAUUUGUAUAAAAAUUAUGUAUGAUUAUUUUGAAUUUUAUAUUACAUGAUGAUCUGAUCAUCAUUCUUUGAAGCUAUAUUCUUUCCCCUUUCCAUUCUCUCCCUCUUUGUGGAUUUAGCAGAGGAAGGGGAACACAGGACACCCAUCAUUCUAUAAUUUUUUCUAUGGGAUUUUCCUUCUUCAGACUACUUCUUUUGUGAUAAUCAAUCUUUGAUCUAAACUAUCAUAUGGGUGGUUGUUAUUCUACACAUGCAAAACCCAUCAUGCCACGGAAGAAAUUUCGCUAUCUUAGAACCAGACGCCGUAAAAGAAUAUCAGAUUAUGUUGCGGGAGGAACAAAUAAACCAAUAGGUGAUACAGGAGGCUAUGUAACAGACAUAGCAGUUAGUCAGUAUCUCCAUAUGGACAUUGGGAAGGCAGAUACAUCUUCAUUAAGAUCUGAGGUGUUGAAUUCUUCAUUCCUUCUUAGGCAGAUGCAGUGGCAUCAUGGUCAACUUGACACUAAUGGGAUCUGCCUAGAGGAAGCAUGGUUUGAUUCAGUCAGCAUACUAGAGUCUGACUCAGAUGAUGAAUUCAGCAGUGUAUACGGAGACAAUUUUCCCAUUGUAAACAAUGUUAGCGGGAAUCUUAAAACUGGCCAAGUUCUUCAAUAUGAGUCUGCCUCAUGCUUCCUGGACAAUGGGAGUAGGUAUGAAGAAUACCAUGGAAGUAUUAUAAAGAUGGAUGGAGGAAACACCGAGGACUUUUGUGCUAGGAGGAAAAAGCUAUUAGAUCGUUCGCUUGGGAGCUUCAAUUAUUUAAAGGAGAAGCGUGAUUCAAUAGAAAAGGCUCAAAACGGCAGUGCAAUAUUGAAGGCUAGCCAUCCACACUUGCUUCCAUCUCUAAGCUUCAAUGAUAUAAACUUUCUACCCGGUUCAGGACGACAAUCUCAAAGGAGAAAAUCAGCAGUGGUCAGACUUUCCUUCAAACGGAGAUCUUGUGAAGGGGAAGAGAGUAGUGCAUUGAAAAAGUUCUUGUACCGUCCCAGAGCAGGACAUCUAAUUCCUGGUUCAACUGGAGAGAAACUCGUAGACGGAUGCUGGGCAGAAAUUUCACCCUCAAAAUUCAAUCUACGUGGAGAGAACUUUUUUAAAGACAAGAAGAAAUGUCCAGCUCCGGAUGUUUGUCCUUACACGCCGUUUGGGGCUGACUUGUUCAUUUGUCAGAGAAAGAUUAAUCACAUUGCUCAGCAUCUGGAACUUCCUUCUGUCAGCAUGCAUGGGAAUGUUCCUCCAAUUCUCAUCGUUAAUAUACAGGUGCCUACUUAUCCGGCAGCCAUGUUUGGUGGCGAUAGUGAUGGGGAGGGAAUAAGCCUUGUUCUGUAUUUCAAGCUCUCUGAAAGCUUUGAGAAGGACAACUCUCCUCAAUUCCAGGAAUGCCUUAAGAAAUUUAUGGAUGAUGAGAUGGAGAAAGUAAAAGGAUUUGCCAAAGAAAAUGUGGUUCCUUAUAGAGAAAGGCUUAAGAUAAUUGCUGGCUUAGUUAAUCCUGAAGAUCUUAGCUUGAGCUCAACUGAAAGAAAGCUAGUGCAGUCUUACAAUGAGAAGCCUGUUCUCUCACGCCCACAGCACAAUUUUUACAAGGGUCAAAAUUACUUCGAGAUAGAUUUGGAUGUUCAUCGCUUCAGUUACAUAUCGAGGAAAGGGCUUGAGUCUUUCCGAGAUCAAUUGAAAAAUGGCAUAAUCGAUCUUGGUUUAACCAUUCAGGCACAGAAACCUGAGGAGUUGCCAGAGCAGAUGCUAUGCUGUUUACGAUUGAACAAGAUCGACUUUGUUGAUCGUGGCCAAAUACCGACCAUCAUGCCUCUCGAUGAUUGAGGUCGGGAUGUAUGAAGACGUAUUCUUAUUGAGAGGAGUAUCCAACAUUUCUAUUUUGUCUAGUGUCCGUAGUUGAGCACAGUCCAUUUGACAAAGCAAGAUUAUAGCUUAUCCAAUACAACUCACUUGUAAGAUUUUUGGUUUUUGUCAUGUAAUAAUUAUGUAAUGAAUUGUUUUCAAAUUAUGUAAUACUUUUAACCAAAUGUAAGAACCCAAAAUAACCACUUCAUAGAAUCUCAGCCUUAAUAUGAAUAUGAAUGGCUGUUUCUUGUACACUUUUCUUUGUUAAGGUACGUAGUUUAACAAUCCUGUUCACUCCUGCCAUUACAAAUGAC